AACUGCUUGCAUUUUGCUUUCGGAAUGAGGGGAGUAAAACAAUUUUCUUGCCCAGCUGUGGAUUCCCUAGAUAGUUGUAAUGUACACCUUUGAUAUCCACCUUUACAAACCCUUCCUUUAGCCCCCUUCUGGCAUGCUCUUUGGCUCUAAGGCUGCCAUCCCUCUGGUAGCAGUAAGAAUAAAUUCAUUUAAUCUAAAUUUGAAUUGAGUUUAAGUCUUUGGUCUUUCCCACUGGAUUCCAACACCACAACAAAAGAAUGAGGCAUUUGGGCUGCCUUUGAGACAGGUAGCAGUGUAGGAUAGGUUGACUUUGAUUUUACCAUUCUCUUGCCUCAACCUCCUGAGUACUGGGAUUACAAACCUUCGCUAACAUGCUUGCUUAUCCUACCUGACUUUGCUCUCGCUCUGUAGACUAGAGAUUGGUCUGCCUCUGCCUCCCAAGUGCUGGGAUUAAAGUUUGAGCCACCAUAUCCAGCAAAAUUUUAGUACUGGGCGGUGGUGGCGCACGCCUUUAAUCCCAGCACUCGGGAGGCAGAGCCAGGCGGAUCUCUGUGAGUUCGAGGCCAGCCUGGGCUACCAAGUGAGUCCCAGGAAAGGCGCAAAGCUACACAGAGAAACCCUGUCUCGAAAAACCAAAAAAAAAAUAAAAAAUAAAUAAGUACUUUCUUAAUUGUAAGUGAUAUAUGGUAUAAUACCAUGUCAAACUUCAAGGUCAGCCUACUUUUAGUCUUCCCUCCACACUCAGCUAAACUCACAAAGCAACGCAAGCCUACUGCGCAUGUGCACUUUUGCCGCACCAGCCUACGUGAGACUUUGCUGGAUGGUCAUGGCGGUGACAGAGGGCGGCGCCUACCCCGCCCUCGAGGAGCUGCAGUAGAACUGAGUUUAGGACACUGACUUCACUGAGCUGGCCAGGCUGCGCCUCGGCGCAAGGCGCUCUGCAGUCGCUGCGGACCGCCUCCUCCACUCGGUCAGCGCAUUCUUUCUGCCUCAUACACCUACCAUUACCGCUUUCACCGCCAGAAAAAAAUAACUGGAGAUUAUGAUUCGGCCCGUCAACUUUCCCCCGAAGGACAAGCUCCUCCCCCAUUUUCUGAUUGGCUUUAGGGAGGGGCUUGCCACUUCCAGGCACUCUCAUUGGCCUAGGAGGAUGUCGCCCUCGUACUCUUCACAUUGGCCCAGGGGUGGGGCUCAUCUUGUUUCGACUCUCUCAUUGGUCUACCACAGUUCUGGGGGCGGGGCCACCGCCGAUGAAGACAACAAAGGGUCGCGGGUCGCUAGCCAGUGGCAGGCGGCGGUGUUCCAGUCUUCCUUAUUUCACUCAGCUGGGGUGCGUCGGCCUCCCGCCAGUCCUGCUCCAGAUGAAGUGUGAGCACUGCACACGAAAGGAAUGUAGUAAAAAAUCAAAAACUGAUGACCAGGAGAAUGUGUCCACUGAUGUAUCAAGUCCAGCCCAGGAGAAUGAAGAGAAGGGAGAAUUCCAUAAGUUGGCAGAUUCGAAGAUAUUUCUGAGUGACUGCCUGGCCUGUGACAGCUGUGUGACCGUGGAGGAAGGAGUCCAGCUUUCCCAGCAGAGUGCCAAAGACUUCUUCCAUGUCUUGAAUCUUAAUAAGAAAUGUGACACCUCAAAGCACAGAGUGCUGGUUGUGUCUGUGUGUCCUCAGUCUCUGCCUUAUUUUGCUGCUAAAUUCAACCUCAGUGUCACCGAUGCAUCCAGAAGACUCUGUGGCUUCCUCAAAAGUCUUGGGGUGCACUAUGUAUUUGACACCACAAUUGCUGCGGAUUUCAGCAUCUUGGAGAGUCAGAAGGAAUUUGUACGCCGGUAUCACCAGCAUAGUGAGGAGCAGCGUGAACUGCCCAUGUUGACCUCUGCCUGUCCUGGUUGGGUCAGAUAUGCUGAGCGUGUGCUGGGCCACCCAGUCAUCCCACAUCUCUGCACUGCUAAGUCCCCCCAGCAGGUCAUGGGCUCCUUGGUGAAGGAUUACUUUGCUAGACAGCAGAAUCUGUCUCCAGAGAAAAUUUUCCAUGUUGUCGUGGCUCCUUGCUAUGAUAAGAAGCUGGAAGCUCUUCGAGAGGGACUUUCCACUACUUUGAAUGGUGCCAGGGGCACUGACUGUGUGCUGACUUCAGGUGAAAUUGCUCAGAUAAUGGAGCAAAGUGACCUCUCUGUGAAAGACACUGCUGUGGAUACUUUGUUUGGAGAUGUGAAGGAGGAGGCAGUACGGCGUCACGAUGGAGUGAGCUCGGAUGGGCAUCUGGCCCACGUCUUCAGACAUGCAGCCAAAGAGUUGUUUGGCGAGCACGUAGAGGAGAUCACCUACCGUGCACUAAGAAACAAAGACUUCCAUGAGGUUACCCUUGAGAAGAAUGGGGAGGUUUUACUGCGCUUUGCUGCAGCAUAUGGCUUUCGCAAUAUCCAGAACAUGAUCCUGAAACUCAAGAAGGGCAAAUUCCCGUAUCACUUCGUGGAGGUCCUCGCAUGUCCCAGAGGAUGCUUAAAUGGCAGAGGCCAAGCACAGAGAGAGGACGGCCACACAGAUCGUGCACUACUGCGGCAAAUGGAAGGGAUCUACUCCGGCAUUCCUGUGCGGCCCCCAGAGAGCAGUGCACAUGUGCAGGAGUUGUACCAGGAGUGGCUGGAGGGUACUGAGUCCCCCAAAGUCCAGGAGGUGCUGCACACCACAUACCAGAGCUUGGAGGCCUGCACAGACAGCUUGGAUAUCAAGUGGUGACAAAGCCAGGAGGGCAGGAGAAGACAGCUCUGAGUGGAGAGUGGUGGACGCUUCAACAACAAUGGGUCACUCCAGUUUUGGCAGUGCUCCUCCGCAACGUGCAACAUGGUGCUAUCUUUGUAGUGUAUGAGGGAGUGGAAUGUUUUCACAUGGGAGAAGCACUUUUCCUCUCUGAGUAUUCUUUUAAUCCAAAAUUAUAAGAAAGAUCCCAAAGAGUGAGGCCAGGGACAUAACCCUGUCUUGCAGGUUUUUUUUUUGUUGUUGUUGUUGUUUGUUUGUUUGUUUGUUUUUAAUUGAAAAUGUUCAUUUUUUUGUUUGGUUGUUUUGUUUUUCGAGACAGGGUUUCUCUGUGUAUCCUUAGCUGUCCUGGAUCUCACUCUGUAGAUCAGGAUGGUCUUGAACUCACAGAGAUCUGCCUGCCUUUGCCUCCCAAGUGCUAGGACUGAAGGCGUGUGCCACUACCGCCCAUCUCAAAAUGUGUUCUUAAAGACUCAAGCCCCUGGAGUUGUGAUCCAUGAGCCUCAGUUUAUUGCUGCAGAAAUGAGGAUGUCAGGAAGGGCCAGACUGCUGUAAGGUAGAUAACUAUGGCUUCUGCCCUAACCCUAACCCUGCCCAGUUUGGCUCUUGUACUUGUACACAUUUUUGAAAAUAAGUUUGAAUUCUAGGGCCCAUAAGAUGGCUCAUUGGUAUGAACCUUAGUUUGACAACCUUAGUUUGACCUGUGGUGCCCACUUGGUGGAAGGAGAGACCAACUCCCAUAAAUUAUCACAGGCACCAUGGUGUAUGCAUGUGUGCCACCAAGGUCACCCCCCAAAAAGUAAUUUUAAAGAAAAUUAUGCUAAUUUUAAGUUGUAGUAACAGUGAGCCAUGCUCUUCGUAGUUACCAAAGGUCAGCAGCUACAACUCUUGGCAAGCUGGACCAUUGGUGGGUGAGUCAGUUUCUACCUGACCUGUGCAUUCAGCUCUGAGUUGGACUCAUCUCAUAGCAGGGGAAAGGUGGAUGAAGAGUGUCAGCUAUCCACUGAGUGGAACACUGGCUUAGCAUAUAUGAGGACCUGAUUUGAUCCAAUGUACAUUUAAAAAUAAAUAAGUAGAGCAGAAAAUUAAGAGGGUAGCCCACUUAGGCUUUGGGUUCUAAGGAGGUCCAGCUCAUCGGUUACCUUCACGGGGCAGGAAGAUAGAGCUGAGGCUCCAUGGACCCUGGAAUGGGUGAAACUGCUUUCUAAUGUCUAGCCUCCUCUAAACUCCUCCCCAGAGCCUUUUGGCAUAAACAGGACUGUCUUUUCAUACAAAUGGGCAUGGCUUGCGCCCUCAGCUCCACAAAGCCCACUGCUCUGUGGCAUCAUCCCUUUAGCCCUCACUACUGCUGCUGUGAGCAUGCCUUAGAAAGGGGAACUGGUGUAUCCACACACAGAAAUAGCUGCUCAAUGACAAAAUCUACACAAUCAUGAGCCACAUACUAGAGUUCAUCCAGGAGAUAAUGCCUGAAGAAGCAGAGGUGGUUUUAUAAAGCACUUGGAUUUUGCUCAUGUAUGUGAUUACCUUGAUUCCUCAGUGUUGUCAGUUUUGGUUUAUGUUUUAUUACUCCCGUGAGUCUGUCUAAGAGCAUAGCUGGGUAUGUUGUAAACCAGCGGUUCUUAACCUGUGGGUCUCAACUCUCCCAUAGGGGUUGCAUAUCAGAUAUCCUGUGCAUCAGAUAUGAACAUUAUGAUUCAUAACAGUAGCAAUAUUACAGUUAUGAAGUAGCAAUGGAAAGAAUUUUAUGGUUGGGGGUCAGGACAACAUGAGGAACUGUAUUAAAGGGUUGCAGCAUUAGCAAAGUUGAGAACCACUGUUAUAAAUUACAAUUUUUUGCUUUCAGUCCAUAUGCCUUGGUAUCUAUCCCCCAAAGUAACUGAUUAUGGAAUAAACAGUGCAACAGGGUCUGAGUGUAGAGUUGAAAGACCCAGAUGCUGUUCUGCCUAUCCUGGACUACACCCUGCAAUUUGCAGCCCUUACCAUGCCCUAGCCUGAAUGAUAUUACCUUGUUUCUGAGUCCCUUUCUGAUAGGUCAGGAGGAUGCCCAGCAGGCUCAGGGCACUGAGAAUCAAUGUAGGAAGGGAUUGACUUCCUAAAAACUUCAUGGCACUAUCCAUGACAGCAGCUGAGGCUAGGUGCUAAGAUAUGAGAUGUAGGGCCUUCUGUUUUGCUGAUGCUAAGUUAUGGCCCUGUGAGCUUUUCAAGACUGCAAGUGUCUUUCUGUUCAUCCAUCACAGUGGAAGCAUGAACAGGGUGGUGGUGGCACAUGCCUGUGACCUCAGCAUUUGGAAGGCAAAGGCAGGUGAAUCUCUUAAGUUCAAGGCCAGCCUGGUCUAAAGAGCAUGUUCCAGGACAGCCAGGGGUGCACAAAGAAAUCCUGUCUUGAAAAAACCCAAAACAAAAACAGUUUAAGCACAAAGUGAACAAGGCCUUGACAGACAAGACCUGGUCGAAGCAGCAUGACAACUGUAGUCAGAGUAGACAUGUCUCCUGAUGAGUGACUGGUUCUAACAUGAGAAGACAGCACAAUCCCAGAUUCAUAUCUACCCAGUACUCUCUUUUACAGUGUCUAUGGUCUAGCUUGGCAGAGGACCAAGUUUGUUUCCUACCUGGCCUGAGCUGUAUUAGUUUACACCACUGUGGAUAACCAUGCUUAUACACGAUGAAAUUCUGUCACAAAAACAGCAAAUUGGGUUUCUUUUACAGGUAAUUUAGAAAUGGUUCUGUCAGGGUGGGGGCCAUAGUUCAGGAGCAGAGUGUGUGCCUAUCAUACCUGGGCACUGAGUUCAUCCUCUAAAACCACAAAAGCAGAAAGUGGGGGAAAAGAUUCACUGCAUUCUUCCUGGUAACGUGCACUUGGGAUUGCUGCAAGAUCUGACUUGCAGUAUGUGCCCUACUCAUUGGUUGAUACCUGGGCUUGCCAGGUGCAUUUCAAGUGAGCCAGCCACAGAAGUUGGAGUUGCAGCUGGCAUUUGAGCUGCAGGUGCUGAGUGGGUGCAGCACUCAUCUGAGGGGCACAGCUAGCUGUAAGGGUAAUGCACUUGGCAUACUACAUGUGGGUUCCCUUCUGCAUCUACAGAUGGGAAAUUGCCUGAAGAGUUUACUUUGGCUUACCAUUUGAAAGGGUACAGUCCAUUAUGGAAGAGAAAACGCCUCACAUCUCACCUUUCAUGAAGCACAGUAUUGACUGUGGAUGUGUCUCCUUGUAAAUACUAAGUUGAAAUGGAUGUAAACUGAAUGCAGUUUUUAAAAGAUUUAUUACGACUUUUAUUUAUGUGUGUGUGUGUGUGUGUGUGUGUGUGUGUGUGUGUGUGUGUGUGUGUCUAUGUGAGUGAAAGUCAGGUGUGUAUGGGUAUCCACAGAGGCCAGAAGAGGGUGUUGGAUGCCCUGGAGAUGGAGUUAACAGGCAUUUGUGAGGGGGAAUUGAACUUUUGGUCCUCUAGAAGAGCAGCAAGAGCUAACUGCUGAGCCAUCUUUCUAGAUCCCUGGGUGCAGUUUUGCUUAAAUGAGUGUGUGUGUGUAUGUGUCUGUCUGUCUGUCUGUCUGUCUAGUGCUGGGAAUGGAACUUAGGUAUGUCAUGUGCUAGGCAAAAGCUACCACUGAGCUACAUCUCUAACAUACACACAAAACCCUUUUCUCUUAUACUCUAUUUUGAGACAAGGUCUCACUAAGUCACCCAAGCUAGCUUUGAGCUCACUCUGUAGCCUGGGCUGGACUUGAAGUUUUCAAUCCUCAUGCCUCUACUUCCCAAGUGCUAGGACUACCAUACCCUGUUUAUACAGUGUUGGGAUUGAAUCCAGAGUCUGGGACUAUACUAAGCAGGCUCUGAUAGCUGAGCUAUGUCCCCAGCUCUGUCUCUCUUUUCCCCUUCCUGCCCUCCCUUCUGCUUUUUCUCUUUCUCUCUUCUUCCUCCCCCCCCUUUCUCCUUUCCUUUUACUCCACCUCCACCCCCCUGAAACAACCUGGUGCCCAGGUUGGCCUUGAACUCUGGCUCAAGGGAUCCACUCAGCCAACCAAGUAGAUGUGACUCUAGGCUCAUAUCACUGCUGGAGAAAUUUUUAUAUAGGAAGUCUCAGAAUCAUGUCUUUUCAGCCAGAUAUGGGGGCAUACACCUUUGAUCACAGCACUUAUAAGGUAAAGGUGGGUGGGUCUCUGAGUUGGAAGCUGAUCUAGUCUCAUAGUCUCAGACUAGCCAGAACUAAAUGGUAGAGAUGCUAUCUCAAAAACCAAAACAAAAUUAAAAAAAAAAAACCCAACCCCCUUUCCUUCAGCCUUCCUUCCCUGCUUCCUUUUUUCCACCUUCUGUGUUUUUGAGACAGGCAUGUACCACCCAGCCACAUUCCCAUCUCCCUCCCCAACCCCAUUUCCUGCCCCUCCAACUCCCUCUCUCCUGUUUGCUUUGAGAUACAGUCACAUUUAGUGAAUGCUUGCUUUGAACUGAUUCUCCUGCAUCUGUCAUCUCCCAAGUGCUGGGCUACAGGCAUGAGCCACCAUGCCCAGUAACAUUCCCUUUCAAAUCCUGACAGUAAAUUUAGGGAUAGGAGUGGUUGGAGAGAUUGCCCAGCAGGUAAGUAUGCUUGCUGCUUUUUUAGAGGACCCAAGUUUGGUUCCCAGGACCCACAUCAGGUGACUUAACCACUUUUUUUUUUUUUUUUUUUUUUUGGCUUGAGACAGGGUUUCUCUGUGUAGCUUUGGAGCUUUUCCUGGAACUUGCUUUGUAGACCAGGCUGGCCUCGAACUCACAGAGAUCCGCCUGCCUUUGCCUCCCAAGUGCUGGGAUUAAAGGCUUGCCCCACCAACGCCCAGCAACUUAACCACUUUUAACUAUGGCUCCAGAGGAUCUGAUAACCUCUUCUGGCCUCUGUAAGUACCCACAUGUACCUGGCACACAAAUAAAAAAAAUCUUAAACCUUCAAAGCCAGCUUGGUCCACAUAGCAAGUUCCAGUCCUGCCAGGGCUACGCAGUGAGACUAUCUCAUAAACAAACAAACAAGAAAUAAACCGGGCAGUGGUAAUGCAUUCCUUUAAUCUAAGCACUCAGGAGGCAGUGGCAGAUAAAUCUGUCAGUUUGAGGCCAGCCUGGUUGACAGAGCGAGUUCCAGGACAGCCAGGAUGACAUAGAGACUGUCUUAAAAACAAAAAGGGCCAGGUGGUGGUGGCACACGCCUUUAAUCCCAGUACUUGGGAGGCAGAGGAAGGUGGAUCUCUGUGAGUUCGAGGCCAGCCUGGGCUACAGAGUGAGUUCCAGGAAAGGCGCAAAGCUACACAGAGAAACCCUGUCUCGAAAAGCCAAACAACAACAACAACAAAAAAAAAAACAACAAAAAGGAAGGCAAAACCUAGAAUAUUUUUUAAAAUUCAAUUUGGAAUGUAUAUUAUUCAUCUGUUAAGUUUAUUUUAAAAAGAUAAGAUCUGUUUUCCAUGCCUAGUAUGCAUAAAGUCCUAGGUCCAUCCUGAGCACCAUAUAAACAGGCAUGGUAAGUAAUUUUAUCCCAGGUUUUGGGAGGUGGCAUUAGAACCAGAAGUUCAAGGUCAUCCUCAAACUGUCUUUGGCCAGCCUGGGGUACAUGAUAUCUUGUUUCAAAAAAAUAGUUUGAAAUGAAGAAAAGGAAGCCAACCAUCUCCCAUAGUGUCUCACAAAUUUCUCAGUUGUUUCACAUCAUUGCCUGGUCUUUAUGUCAGUCAAUUUUAGCCCCUCCAAUAGGUGUAAGGAUUUUUGUUUUACAUUUGUUUUUGGAGAAAGUAUUUCUAACUAUUGAAGUGAUCUUAAACAUACUUCUGCCAUUUUGUAGCUGUGUAUUUAUAUAAAGCAGUGUUCUUAGUCGUGAUAAUCAGAAAAUCAAAAUUUGCUGGAGUAUACAUUAAAUCUCAGUACUUGGGGUGCAGAAAAAGGUGACUGAAUUCCAAGCCAGUCAGGGCUCCGUAGUGAGACCCUAUCUCCAACAAACAAAGCAUAUGGAUCAACUCUGAAAAUCAUCAAAGAUGUUCUAUGUCCUGCAGGAUCUAAUAUUCAGCUGGGUGGGAGUGGGGCACAGGAGGGAGUGGGGCACAGGAGUAAGCACAUGCAGGCAGAUCCUGGGUACUCACUGGUCAGACAGCCUUGCCAAAAUGGUGAACUCCAGGUUCAUUGAGAGAUCUUGUCUCAGAAAAAGACAAGGGAGAAAAGCCAUUGAGGAAGACAUCCUGACAUCAAUCCCUGUGUCCACACGUCCCACAUUGGGAAACAUUCACUCUUCUACAAUACAUACACAUAAAUAGACAAGCACAUGCAUCCUAUUAGUAUGCAGAUUUGUUUUAAUCUAAUAAAACGUAAACUUAUAUGUACAUUGAAUAAUUGCCUUAAAAUAAAUAUCUUCAUGAUUUA